GUCUCCGGAAGUGACGCGGCGGAAGUGAAGCGCGUUGCUGUGGGCGGCGGCCGUUGCUGUUGUUGUGAUGCGGUCAGAUCUUGAGAAUAAAUGAAGCUGUGAUCGUGUGUGUGUGUGUGUGUGAUGGCGGGGAAGGUGAAGUGGGUGACGGACAUCGAGAAGUCAGUACUGAUCAAUAACUUUGAGAAGAGAGGAUGGAUCCAGGUGACGGACAGCGACGACUGGAACUUCUACUGGAUGAGCAUCCAGACCAUCCGUAGCGUGUUCAGCGUGGACACCGGCUACCGUCUGUCCGACGACCAGAUGGUCAAUCACUUCCCCAACCACUACGAGCUGACCAGGAAGGACCUGAUGAUCAAGAACAUCAAGCGCUACAGGAAGGAGCUGGAGAAGGAGGCCAGUCCUCUAGCGGAGAAGGACGAGAACGGGAAGCACCUGUACCUGGAUUUCGUCCCGGUGACGUUCAUGCUGCCGGCCGACUAUAACCUGUUCGUGGAGGAGUUUCGCAAGAGUCCGUCCAGCACGUGGAUCAUGAAGCCGUGUGGGAAGGCGCAGGGCAAGGGCAUCUUCCUGAUCAACAAGCUGUCUCAGAUCAAGAAGUGGUCUCGUGACAGCCGCACCUCCACGUUUGUGGCGGCCAACAGCGGGAAGGAGGCCUACGUCAUCUCCCUGUACAUCGACAACCCGCUGCUGAUCGGAGGGAAGAAGUUCGACCUGCGGCUCUACGUGCUGGUCACCAGCUACAGGCCGCUGAAGUGCUACAUGUACAAACUGGGAUUCUGCCGUUUCUGCACGGUCAAAUACACCCCGAGCACCAGCGAGCUGGACAACAUGUUUGUGCACCUCACCAACGUGGCCAUCCAGAAGCACGGCGAUGACUAUAAUCAUGUCCACGGUGGGAAGUGGACGGUCAGUAACCUGCGCCUGUAUCUGGAGAGCACCAGAGGACGGGACGUCACCAAUCAUCUGUUUGAUCAGAUCCACUGGAUCAUCGUCCAGUCCCUCAAAGCUGUGGCCCCCGUCAUGAACAACGACAAGCACUGCUUCGAGUGUUACGGUUACGACAUCAUCAUCGACGACAAACUCAAGCCGUGGCUGAUCGAGGUGAACGCGUCUCCGUCGCUCACCUCCAGCACGGCUAAUGACCGCAUCCUGAAGUACAACCUGAUCAACGACACGCUGAACAUCGUCACACCAAACGCUGAGAUCCCAGACUGCCGCUGGAACCGCAGUCUGCCCAAAGAGGCUCUGGGACACUACCAAGUGCUUUACGAUGAGGAGCAGGCUCUGAGCGAGAGCGCUGAACGAGACCUCAGGAGCCGCUCGGGUCAGCUGCUGGGGUCAAAGGGCAGCAGGUCGAGCAGCGUCAGGCCCUUCCCGGCCACCUGGAAGUGAAACCACAUCUGGAGAACUGAGCGAUGAGGACGUGUCCUGCAUGAUACGGACGAGUCUGCAUGAGUGUACAUCUGAAGAACACACAGACUGAUCAUCCACACACACGUGUGUGUGUGUGUGUUUAUAUAUUUAACUGACUGAUCACAGAUGGAUUUGAGCUUAUUAACUCAGUCUGGACUGUUCAAGCUCAAGUCUCAAUGUGUUAGAUCAGUUUGCAGAAGAAACCUUCACAGCUAUCAGUACAAUACACUGUUUUUUAGGGCUGCCCCUUGUUUGACCAAAAUUAUUUUAGUCGCUUAAUCACAACGUUUAUUUUUAAAUCCACAGGAAGUGGACAGAUAGUUAAUGGCUGGUCUUUGUGGUAAUACAGUACAUCCAUAUAUGCUCACCUAACAUUCAUCGACCUCAAAUAUGGCUUAUCAUCUGAAAUAUGUCUAGCAGCAGCUUUACAUGGCUGUUUGUGUGAACGUUAUCCCAGAGAAAUGUGCGCUGUUCGAGUGUGUGUGUGGAGUGUGAAAGCUGAACAGUAGCUCUCUCACUGCAGGAGUGAUCACUUACUCUAAAAAGUCAUUUCUACUCCUACAGAUAAGAGUCAUGCUUCUUUCAUGCAACUCUGCUUAUUUGUGUGUAUUCACAAUAACAACAUUUCACUUUUGUAAAAUGAAAGAAUCAGGAUGCGCUUUCUGCCGUCUCGGUUUCCGUGAACUUGAGCAUGAAACUCUGUGUAUACUUGCCAUACAGACAUGAAAAUAUAUAUCUAUAGAGAGUAAAAUGUCUGCUUUCCAGUGAACCAAUUCAAAUGGAAAACAAAUAUUCUUAGAUUAUGUAAUCCAUAUCAAAUGUGCAUACAAUUUCUAAAACUCAAAACAAAGAAAGCACUAGUUUAUCAAUGCAUUAUUAAAAUGUUAAUGCAGCCUCCUAACUGUUUUCUCUGACACAUUCAUAAUUAUUAUUUCUGCCGGUGGCAAGUUUUAUGCAUGCGCUUGAGACCUUGUUAGGCUGUGUAGAUAAUUAAAGGCUCAUUAUUAAGAUUUAAAUGUUUUUUUAAUAAAUGUGUGAUUAGUUGAAUAAUGCUUAAAAUUAAUGACUACCAGACGACCAGAAAAAUCUUUAGUCGAGGGCAGCCCUAAUAUUCUUAUAUAGCGCAUUUGUAAAAAACUUUAGUUGACCAAAGUGCUGUACAGAGUAUACAAAAGAAAACAGAAUUAUAAACAAUACAAUACAAACUGUAAAAUGGGUGAAGUUCAUCAAAACAGAAGUCAAGAAGUAUUGAAUGCCAAAAAAUUGUUUUAAGAGUAGGCUUAAAAAUAGCUAAAGUUAAAGCAGUGAAAACAGCACCAGACCAAGCACCGAGCCCUGGGGAACACCAGACUUUAAAUACUUUUCAGAUAAGGAUUGGUGUCCAAUACUAACAACAAAUUGAAUUGAUAAUCAAAUAAGCCUGAAGUUGAUUUAGAACCACUUUCUCUAAAAGUUUGGAAAGAAAAGACAAAUUUGAAAUAGGAAGAAAGUCAGCCAGCACUGUGGCCAGUUUCAAGUCUCCAGGUACAGUCCCAGUAUAAAGACAGUUGUUAAUAGCAGACAUGUUGGACAGUCUCAAUAAUUUGUAUUGAGGAAUGAUUUAUAUUGAGGGACUUAUAAAGAGGAAGUCUUUUGAAAGUGGCUUGGAGUCACAGCACACGUGAAUAUUCAAAUCAGAAUUGAGGACAAUUUCCCUCAUAAAUUAAUAAAGCAGAUCCUUAUUUGCAUGAGUGGGUCUAUUGUAAAUACUACCAGAUUGUUUAAAGAAAGUUAAAACAACUGAACUGAUAGUAUGUGGAGCCAUCUGUCUGUUAUAUCGGUCAUGAUCUCUGUGUGUAUGAUUUGCAUUUGCACCAACGGACACAGUCCAGUGAACCAAAACCGCUUCAGACGGGUGUUCCCCUGAACACUCCCUAAAUCUUCAUCUAGUGUUUUCUCUAGAAGGUCACCUGUUUUCUCUGAGCAUCCUCUAAAUCUUCAUGUGCUGACAGACAGGGCAUCUUAAGAUAUGCAGAGGUCCCAGGCUACAGCCUUACGUCCUUAUUUAUGUUGAGUUUAGAUUUGUUUCUUGUUGAUAUGCCAGUUAACAUUUACAACACUUACACAUAAUAUGUGAAUAAAAAUGAAUAUGGAAA